UUUAUCCUCGAGUGAGUGCUAACGAAGUUUUAGUUGCUGGUUGUAGUAUUGUUCAUGCUGUUUACAGCGUUAUUAUUAUCUUGAAAAGAAUCAUCAUAAUACUUUGUUAAUGGUUCGUUACAAACAUCAUAAUUUUAAUUAAAAACCGAAGAAAUGCGAAUGCGUACUUUGGAAAAAGGAUUUGGCAAUUGUUCGUUGCGUACGUCCGCUUUGAUAUGUUUGGCUGUGAUUUCAGGUUUUGGUGUUCUCUCAAUCCUAGGAGUAGUCUUUGGUUAUGGCUAUGAAACGACACUUUUCACAAGGAUACUGAAUUUCCUUUUCGAAACUUCGGUGACAGCAGUGUUCAUUUAUACCUUCUGCACCCUGCUCAAGGAUGAAUCUUCUAUGCUACAACUAAAGGUCGCCUUCUUUGUACUGUGUGUUGAUAUCGGUAUCACUGUUUUGGGUUUAAUUACAUCGGUUUUCACUUUAUUCAUAUUUUUGAUUUUCAUUCUUAUUUAUCAGGCUUUCAAAUGUUACGCUGCUUGGAUCUUGUACAGUUAUUGGAUCGACUUGAAACCGCCUGUAUCUGUCAAUGCUUGAAUCAAUAAAGUGUUCUUAUUAAGUCUAACAGGCUGUGGUUUAACUUAUGUAUGUACGUAUAAUUUUAUUUUUAAACCUGUAGAUUUUUUGUAUUUCGUAGAAACCAUAAGGAAAACCUACUUGUCGAUUUUUAUGAUUGUUUUUUUUUUGAAUGAAAUUUUCAAUUUUUUUAUUUUCUUUUACAUUUUUAAGAAUGUGAUAGAAACUGAAGUUAUACGGUGGCAGUUUUGUUUAGAUUUCACUUUCCUAUUUUUUUUUUUUUUUAAUUGAAACGAUGGUAGCAAUUUUGUGUUGGUAG